AAUAUGUAGAAUUUCCAUCACGUGAAUGUGUGCGCUGGCUAUAAUCUUAAUAAUUGCGGAUUUAUGACUAUCUGAUAAUCAAUGUAUCAAAACAAUGUGGGGGCGCUAAUUUAUUUCACAACCAACGUUUACCGAAUUAGUCGCAUUUUUCACAAAUAGUGGUAAUGUUGCAGUCAACGUUCGUUUUAAGUGUGUCGAUCGCGCUUUGCAGCGCUUUGGAUUUGCAUCACGUAGAUUCCUACAUUGAUAUACCUUUUAAGCCUAUCAAAACAUCGGCCGACCGCAUUCGUGAGCAUGGCUAUCCCGCUGAGUCGCAUUAUGUGUCGACUAGCGAUGGCUACAUACUCAACCUCUUUCGCAUACCCCAUUCGCCACAUCUGCGUACUCAGAAUGCAAGUAAACCUGUCGUCUUCAUACAACACGGACUCUUCGGCUGUUCCGAUUGCUUCUUGCUUAACGGUCCAGAUAAUGCCAUCGCCUACAAUUUCGCCGAUGCUGGUUUCGAUGUUUGGCUAGGUAAUGCGCGCGGCAACAUUUAUUCACGCAAUCACUCAGCGCUGUCAACCCAACAUCCGAACUUUUGGAAGUUCAGUUGGCACGAGAUCGGCACCAUCGAUAUGCCCGAAUCGAUCGAUUAUGUGCUCGAACGGACGGGUGAAAGUGCUUUACAUUAUGUUGGACAUUCACAAGGUGGCACAGUCUAUUUUGUUAUGCUCUCAUCGCGUCCGGAAUACAAUGUAAAGAUAAAAACUGGACACACCUUGGCACCUGCCGUAUUUAUGGGUAAUGCAACAGAUGGCAUCGUGGAAGGUCUCGCACCAUAUGUGGGCACUCCUGGUCCAGGUACAAAUCUGUUAGAUAAUCAACCGUUUUUACCGUAUAAUACCUAUGUGCAACGUUUGUUAAAUGCUGCCUGUGGUGGCAAACCGGCUUAUCCGAAAUAUUGUCAAACACUCUUUUUAAUGUGGGCUGGGAAUGAGCAGUCAAAUAUCAAUGCGACGCUGCUGCCUCUAUUGGCGGAAACGCAUCCGGCUGGCAUUUCUACUAACCAAGCUAUUCAUUUUAUUCAACUCAAAGUAUCGAACAAAUUCCGUCAAUAUGACUUCGGUACCAAAAAUAAUCGAAAGCAAUAUAACCAAACCGAACCGCCAGAGUAUCCCUUGGAGAAGAUCACCGCCAAUACAUACAUAUACUGAGGCUUGAGUGAUAGUUCUGUCAAAGUGAAUGAUAUGAAGCGUCUACCUCCUUAUCUUUCCAAUUUGCGACUAUUCUACGAAAUGCCUGACCCAAAAUGGGGGCAUUUGGAUUUUAUUUUCGCUCAACAGGUAAAGGCGGAAAUCAAUGAUCCUUUGAUACAGUAUU